UUAUUUCUUUUGAAGAAAGGCUAGAACUAAUCGUAGAGAUGGUGUUUUUGUGAAGAAAGGCAGAGCCCUGCUUCUUUUCCUUGACCAGAGCUCUUCUUGCUUGUUUCCUUUCCCUGCUAUGGCAACAUCCAAUGAAUUAAGGGUACUGAAUCAAAUCAGUGUAUACCCAUCUCCAGGCUGUGCAACUGAAACUACACUCCCACUCACCUUCUUUGAUGUUAUGUGGAUCCAUGGCCACCCAGUAGAGCGCAUCUUCUUCUAUUCUCUACCUCAACACUACUCCACCACUGAUCAUUUCAUCAACUCCAUAGUCCCAUCUCUCACCUCUUCUCUCUCUCUAACCCUCCAUCACUUCUACCCCUUGGCAGGCAAGCUCAUCAGACACUCUCCCAACUCCAAUGACUUUGCCAUACACUGCAAACAUGGUGACUCAGUCUCCUUCACCGUUGCUGAAUCUCUUGCUGACUUCCAAGCUCUCUCAUCCAACCAUCCUCUUCCUUUCAAUGAAGUUUACACUCUAGUUCCUAUCCUAGACAAGUUCUCAGAUGAUUCAAAGCCUCUACUAUCUUUGCAAGUCACCUUCUUCCCCAACGCUGGCAUUAGCAUCGGCAUCGCCUUCCACCACAUCGCUGGUGAUGGCUCUGUCUUUGGCCAUUUCUUGAAGUCAUGGGCUCUGUCAUGCAGCUCUUUAGGCUCUGUCCCUCUUCUUCAACCUCCUCCAGUGUUUGAUAAAUCUCUUGUUAAAGAUCCUCAUGGAUGUUAUUCUCUUUUCCUCCAACAACUGUUCUCUUGUCCUUCAGAUCAAGGUCCAGGUUCUUCAAAACUCGCAGUUUUAGAUGAUGCUGUUUGUUCUACGUUCUGUCUUGGUUUAGAUCAGAUCCAAGCCUUGAAGAAAAACUUCUCUACAAAGUCUAAGGACAACAAGACACCAUCAACCUUCACUGUUGCUUGUGCUUACAUUUGGGUUUGCUAUGUUAAAGCACAAAGAUACCCAACCAAAGAAAGAGCUCAUUUUAUUUUCCCAGUUGAUUGCAGGGGAAGGUUAAAGCCUCCGUUGCCGGCCACCUUCUUUGGUAAUUGCAUCCGGCCUGGUCUCGCUGAGGAAGACACAGAGAAGCUCAUCGGAGAAGAUGGAGUGCUUGUUGCAUCUGAGGCUAUUAUGAGAACCAUUGAUGCAUUUAAGGAUGACGCUAUAAAUGAUGUUAAAGAAUGGAUGGAAAAAAGCAUUGCUUGGGUUGGAACUGGCCGGAUGUUGAGUCUUGCUGGGUCUCCAAAACUUGGAAUUUAUGAGAGUGAUUUUGGAUGGGGGAGGCCUACAAGGGUUGUGAUCACUUCUAUUCAAAAGACAGGAGCAAUGUCUCUGUCUGAGAGGAGGGAUGAAGAUGGAGUUGAGAUUGGUUUUGUUCUACCAAAAGACAUAAUGGAUGAGUUCAGCUCCAUCUUCUCCAGUGACCUCCAACUUCUUUCAGCCUCUGAUUAAUUAAUGUUUGCAUGAUUAAUUGGUAUAAUUAUGAGUGUAUGUUAAGAUAAUUAGAUUUUGCUUUCUCUAUAUAUAAUAAAAUAUAUAUGUGUGUUAAGAAAGUUGAUUGCUGAGUUGAAUAAUGAAUGUGUUGUUUGGAGUGUAUAAAACUGUCCAUUGUUUAGUGCUUUCCUUC